AUGACCGGACCUAAACUUGACUUUGGGGGCUUUCCUAUCCCAUGGACACAAACCAACCGUCCUGAAGAUGAGACAGAUAUGUUUCCCUACCGAAAGCAGACAAGAAAUACUAGAACGCUUCCGGUGGGUUGGAGAUUCGCGGAUGGCAAGCGUCCUCUUCACCAAGAAAUUAUAUUUGAUGAAGUGGUCGAGAUCCCGCUGAGAGACGGAGUCAAGAUCUACUGCGACAUCUUCAGGCCUGUCACGAAUACUAAAGUCCCGGCCCUAUUGGCCGUAAGCCCAUACGGAAAAUAUGGCCAUGGAUUCCGUUUUUUCGACAAUAUUCCCUUCCGGCUUGGGCUACCGGAGAGUGCGACGUCCGGUCUUGAGAAGUUCGAAGGACCCGAUCCGGCUGAAUGGUGUCCUCGCGGCUACGCGAUCGUCAACGUAGACAUCCGGGGUAGCUGGGACAGUGAAGGUAAUCUGUAUAUCGAGGGAAGCCAGAUGGGUUUGGAUGGCUAUGAUACUGUCGAAUUCAUCGCAGCUCAACCUUGGUGUAAUGGUGCUGUGAGUAUGUGUGGCAAUUCCUGGCUGGCAACGGAGCAGUGGGCGACCGCUAUCGAGAAACCACCUUCACUCAAGUGCAUAGCACCCUGGGAAGGAUUCACCGAUAAGUAUCGUGACCUGAUAUGCCGUGGCGGUGUUCCAAAGUACAAUUUCGCUUCAUUCAUCUUCAACAAAACGAUCCGCGGCCGAAACCUCAGGGAAGAUAUUGGCGAGGCACUCAGCAAAUGGCCCCUCUUCAAUGGCUACUGGGAGGACAAAGUUUACGACACCAGUGGUCUGACGCUACCAAUUUACGCGCUUGGGAGCUAUUCGUCGGGAAACCAUGGGGCUGGUACGGUGAGAGGCUGGAAGCAGGCUGCUUCGAAGGACAAAUGGAUCCGAUUCCACCCAACCCAGGAGUGGUUUGAUCUUUACACUCCCAGGUAUAUUGAUGAUCUGCAACGCUUCUUCGAUCGGUACCUGAAGAACAUCGAAAACGGGUGGGAGAAUACUCCUCGGGCUAGGGUCUCCAUUCUCACAUAUGGGAAUCGCUUCGAGGCUGGACCCAUGUGGGACGUGCCUUUCAGUGACUACCCAAUCCCGUUGACCGAGUACCGUAAACUAUAUCUGCAUGAUGCUGGAAAGCUGGGCACAUCACCGCAAGGUCACGAGGGCUCCGUAGCCCAUUACGCGGACAGCUACCAGGCCAAACCCUCUGAAUUUGUGUUGAGCUUCGACAAAGCGACCACUCUUGUGGGACAUUCAAAGGCCGAGCUUUGGAUGUCUUGCAAAGACAAGGACGACAUGGAUGUUUAUGUCUCUAUCCGCAAGAUGAGCAAGGCCGGCGAAGUGUUAGAACACGUAAAUGUUCCGUGGGAAUCUCUGCCAGCAGGGGCCAACACCCAACAUGAUGUUCCGAUGACGCAGACUGUCAAGUAUACCGGACCGACUGGCAUUCUCCGGGCUUCGCAUCGCGCCCAGGUCCCAGAACGGAGCACCGCCAUGAUCCCGUACCACCCACAUGACAAGGAAGAGAAGGUACGUCCAGGUGAGAUUGUAAAGCUCGAAAUCUCUCUUUGGCCCAUGGGCAUUCACUUCGAAGCCGGAGAAAGCCUGCUAUUCCGUGUCCAAGGCUUCAUUGAUACGAGCGUGGAUUUCCCGAGCCACAUCGACAAGAGACUCGACAACCUGAAUGAAGGACGCCACAUACUUCACUUUGGUGGGAAGUACGACUCGACGAUCAUCGUACCUGUUAUUACCCUACCAGCGCAAUAG